UAUAAAUUUUCUCACCAUGUGGCGUUAGGUUGCAGGUUGCAGCGCGAAUAUUGCAUUAUCACUUAUCAGUGAUGCUGUUGAUUUUGUUGAUGUAACUCAUAUAACUGUAAUUCGUGCAACAGUUACUUUUUUAAACGCGGAAUUCGAUAAAUUGCUCAAAGUGAUUUGAAAGAAAUGUCGCGAAAAAGAGAAGACAUUUGUGUUGAAAAAUCCUUAGAUAAUUUUAUUGACGCAUGUGUCAACAAUAUGCAUUUAUUUGAUAAUUUUUCUAAAGAGGAAUCCGAGAAGCAGAUUCUUGGAAUGUCCCGGAAUAAUGUUACCUCAAACCAGUUCAUAAAUAAUAACUCCUGGAAGAUCAAAAAAGAAACUUAUUCGUCUGAUCAAGAAAACGAGCCUUACGAAAUUCGAAGCGAAACUGAAGAGCAAUUUACAAAAAAGGAAGACCUAUGCGUCGCAUGUGGAUUUAUCUCAGCCAACGAAUUUUUUAGUUUCCCGAGUAAUGUUGAUAUUCGACAGCAGUGGGGGCAAUUUUGUGAUUUGGAUUUAGAUAAAAUAGAACCAUAUUUUCGUCUUUGUGAUGGACACUUUAAACCCGAAGACUACCGAAUCUCGAUGCAACGUAAAGUAUUGAUGCCGACAAGUGUUCCAACGUUACUACCAAAACUGACACACAAUCUCACGCCUUCAAUUAGUAAGAACUUUCGAUCCAGUACAGAUUUCACUGAAUUUUCACAGCCAACGUUGGAUAAAAAUAAAUCACAAAAUCCGAUCUGCAGCUCAGACGUUCAAAGAAACACUACCACUGAUGCUUCUAAUAAACGAUUCCGCAGGAAGUUUAAAGAUAUUACAAAUCAUAACGUCGUCCCUCCUAAGGCAGUGAAAUUGACAUCGAAGAAAAACUCAAACCUUGGAAAAUGUCGACUGCUGGGGAAAAAUUUUCGAACUGAAAUUUUCAGAUUGAAAAUACGAUGUUCUCGUCUUGAAGAUACAGUAACUAACUUAAGAAAAGAAAUCAAGCAACAGGUUGAAGAGUGCUUCGUUACACGAGGAAAAACUGCCGAAAAUGUUGCAAGAGAUAUUCAAAACUUGACUUCGAUUAACGCUUCCUCAAAUAAUUUGAGGCAGAAUUUUUGUAAAACGGAGGCACGAACUGAUCAAUGUUCUGUAGAAGAUGCACCCGUAAAAUCUACCGAACAGGUUACCGAUGAAGAUGGUUACACUACAGUUUCGAAUAUGCCUCCCCUAGAAAUAUCGAGCAACGAUCUUCAUAAUGUUGAAGUGAAACCCGAACUAUUUUCCGAAGAAGUUAUACUCGUUGAAUCUGCCGAAAAGGUUGCCGAAGAUAAUCACUCUGUAAAAUCGACAAUUUCUCGCCUAGAAAUAUCUCCCGAAGUUCUUCAUAAUGUGGAGGUAAAAGUUGAACAAUUUUACGAAGAAGUUUUUUCAGCAGUGAGCCCAGAAACUUCCAGAAAUGUAACUAAUAAUGAGGUUGUCCGUGGUAUUUCUAUCAGUCCUCAAACUAACUGUCAAUUGCGCAGGAAUGAUACCGCUGCCAGUUCAAAUUAUGAGCAAUUUGCUAAAGCGCACGUUGGGCAAACACUGCGGAUGGAACCAGUGCAAGUGACUACCCAACAACCAAAUUGUAAUGACGAGCUAAAUGUAUGUCAGCGCAAUGGGCAGCCCUCUUCUGCAGCAGGGUGCUCAAAACGUCGAAAAAAUGGUGGUAAGGGCCAGAUUACUCGCGCUCCGAAAAAGAAAAAAGAACUUCCUAACGUAGCUACCACGAUACAAACCUCGGACAGUUUCCCAAAAAAGGUACGAAGAGGAUUGAUGCGAGAUUCACCUCCAUACAGUUGCUGUGUUUGUGAAAAAAUAUUUCAUGUUGAAUCUGAGUGGAUAAGGCAUGAGAGUGAACAUACGAAGCCAUUCGUGUGUCCAAAGUGUAAAAAACCAUUUGCUAGAAAACACUACCUCGUUGCGCAUCAAACAACUCAUAGUGAAAAUAGACCCUACAAAUGCGGCAUUUGUGGCUCAAGAUUCAAGCACAAUUACGCUAAAUUGAAGCAUGAUCGAUAUAAGCAUACGGAUGUCGCUUAUUUUGAGUGUGCUGCUUGUGGGAAAAUGUUUAACUAUAAAAAUUCUCUCAUUAUUCACCUGAGAAUACAUGCAGGCGUGAAACCGUUUAUUUGCCAAACGUGUGGCAGAAGUUUUGCUCAAAAAGGUCAACUCAAUAAACACCAACAAAAUGUGCAUCGUAAAAUAGAAAUAUUUCAAAAUGCCCCAUAUGCAAUCAGCUGGGGCAACGUGUGAACGUUUACUUGUGGAGGGCCCUUGUUUUGAAUGCGCCUGCGGUAAGAAA